GCUCUGAUCCCUUCUCAGACGUCUCCCAUUGCUUAAAACUCUUCGUAAUCUGCCUGCCCACAACGAGCAAGGCUGGUCUCACGAUCCAUUUCCUUCCUUCUUGAAAAACAUCUCUCCAGCUGUAUCCUGGGCUGGCGGACAGAGCCCAGAGUCCCUGGGUGCAUGUUAAUGUUGGCUCCAAAAAUUGGCAUGAUCACAUUUCACCUUGAUCUGCGAACAGACGACGCAGGCCUGGGAGGGGCUGAGUCACUGUGUUUACUUGGACAGCCCCCAGCAGGAGGCCUGCAAUGAACUAGAAUCAGGGGCAGCUCCCAGGAUCCUAUAAAUAGGAGGGGACCUAGCAGGGGUCGGACAGAUUGCAGGCGCCCAGCACCCAGCGCUGAUGUCUCACCAAACCAUGGACUGGCUAAUUCUCCUGGGCUGCGUCUCGCUGUGGGCAGGGCUGACGCUGGCUGAAGUGGGGUCGUUCAGUGGCUGCACAGAAUAUUUCUACCAAGGAGCUGAGCCACGUGGCUUUGCCACGGCCGACACGGCCGAGAUCUGCCAGAGGUACAACAAUCGGUACCACUUUGCGACCCUCUAUGACAGGCCCAACCGGAUCCCGCGCUGGUCGGCGUACACCCUGGGUGAUCUUGCCUGCCCAGGGCAGCCCCAGAGGAGGAGCCAGUGGUUUGUGGAGCCCCAGCUGGCACGUCCAGAUAAGUCCCCAGAAAUGACGACGGAGGCUGACUCAACACUGACGGUGGACGAGCGGAGAUCCAGCCAGGCCAUCAAUGAGGACUAUGGAGACACGUCAUACGACCGGGGGCACCUGAACCCAAACGCCUUCCAGUGUAAUGACGGCCGCACGGCCACCUUCACCCUCACCAACGCCGCCCCCAUGGACCCUUGCUUCAACCGGAUCCACUGGUACAAACUGGAGAAAACCCUCAAGACACAGCUAACUGUGAGCUGCAGAAAUGUGGGAGGCACCCCCUACCUGGUGACAGGAGCAGUUCCCAGUGACGGUGAGAAAAUCCCCAUAGAGGAGGAGGACAAGGAAGGGGACCGUAACCGGCCAUACAACCGGGUCUCGGUGCCCAGUCACAUCUGGACAGCUGUUUGCUGCGACCAUAGGGACAACAACCGCAAAUUCUCCUUCGCCUUCAUAGGAGAGAACAAGGAGGCAUCUAGUCUUCAAAUCAUCCCCGUGGAGCAGCUAAACGCAGAGCUAUCGGGUCUGUACAAGAUUUCUGAGACAGUCAAUGUCUUUGCAGAUGACUGCGGCUCCAGGAGCCAGAAAGGCCAAGAGGUUUUAUCAGCAACAAAGGAAGCCUUGUACAGUAGCUUCCGGAUCUUCCUAUUUGACUCUUACCCCCAUCUCCUUCCACCAGCGAAGAGGAGUAAACUGAACAGCGAGACCAGCCAGGUGAUGAGAAGCACAAACUUGGAUCAGAACAAGGUGCAGCUGACAGGCAUUAGGUUCCUGGUGGGUAUUUCUAGCCUGUCAGACUGGCACAGACAGUUUGAGAAGACGUACGAACAGGACGACCUGGCCUGUGUGCUGGCCCCUGCUGGAGUUGCAGCGGCAAAGGCUUCUGGGAUUUCUGACAAAGUCUGUACCCUUCAGGAGCAGAAACACCUGCCGAACUCUGGUGUAACAGCCAAAGGGGGGAGCUGUGUUAAGCAGGCCUGUGAGUAUCAUGAAUACGCCUACAGCUGGUGUUACACGUCUCACAGCAAUCACUGGGAUUACUGUUGUAUAGCGAAGUGCACAGUGAAUCCAGAGUCUAAACAAUAUGAGUGCCCACGAGGAGAUGGUUCCACCACACCAUGCUCACCCCAGUACUCCACAGUGACCGUCUCUGGGACGGCCUGUCGGGCUGACCAUCCAUGUGGCCUUUAUGAGAAAAGUUACUUCUGGUGCUAUACAGAUUAUCAAGACAACUGGGACCACUGCUGCUCCCCCCAGCACUACUGUGGGUCCCAUGACUAUGACUACCAGUGGUGUUACACCCAGGACCCAGAGGCAGCUUGGCAGUACUGCACCCCGUGACAGUCCCACUGGGGAGGGAAGGGGCAAGUGGGUGCUUGUCUGACUCCUCCACACCAAAGCAGAGAAGAGAUGAAUCAGCUGCCUUCAUCUAUUAGUGCAAUAGGCCCCGCCCCUCGGCUACAGCGACUCCGCCCACUUCAAAAAAAACAGGAGUACUUGUGGCACCUUAGAGACUAACAAAUUUAUUAGAGCAUACUACUCUGAAUCCACCCACUUCCUCCAUCUGUCUCUUUAGAUUUUAAAAUGUCAUA